AUGAAGCAUGAUUUGGUGGAGCCUCCAGGAAUUGACGAGGCUCCGGAUAUCAGGUAUUUCCCCAUCAAACAGGAUGGGGUAUUUAAUUUUGUUUACCGUCCAAGGACGGGAAUGAAGAGGCGCUCAAUGAAGUGUGAUUGGAAGCAACGCCUGAGGUGGAAUCGCGAAGCGCAUUCCUAUGCAACACUGGAAUCAUUAAAGGACGACGCAGUUGGAAGAAAUCAAUCAAAUUUCCGACAAGAAAAAGGAAGGGACGUUAUUAGUUUCUCUCCCUUCCUUCCAACAUUUUCUACAAUGGAUUUGAAGCAGAUUAACAGGGUUACCGAUAACGAUGAACGACAAAGCGAGGAUAGAAAGCAAAUGAGUUGUAUGUUGGUGGAGAGAUUCUAUUUGGUGGCUGAAGCACCACUUCAGUCACAUAUUAUAAAUUCUAUUUGGACCGAGUCUUCCAAGUUUAGUUUAAAAGAAGAACAAGCUUCGUGCACAGUUUCGGCUCCUGGCUCUUGA